UUUUUUUAGAAGAGGUUAAGGCGCAGUGGGGGUGCAGAAAGUCCUCUGGUACUCUUACUUAAGCGUUGAAACCUCUCAUACACAUAGCCGCCAUAACCAUUACCUCCAAUUCCAACUCCAUUGGAGGCGGCUAACAAAGCUUUUCGCUCGACCUUGUUCUUCUUCACCAGAAGAAUUAAGGAAUAACUGAAUCGAAAAUGGCUGUGGUCAUGGAAGGUGCGGCUAUGGCUGUUGCCAUUAAAUUCCCAUCCUUCAGAAUCAUCAGGAGAAGCUCCCGACCUUCUCGAACCUUUCGAAGCUUCUCCGCCUCCGCUUCCGCCUCCGCUUCUGCCUCCGCUUCUGCUCCUCCGUUCGCGAAUUCGCUCGGUCACUUCACCCGUCCCGAUUUCCCAAUUCUCAACCAGGAAGUAAAUGGCUCUAAACUUGUCUACUUGGACAACGCUGCUACUUCUCAGAAGCCUACAGCCGUCUUGAGAGCUAUACAAACCUAUUACGAAGCUUACAAUUCGAACGUGCAUCGUGGAAUUCAUUAUUUGAGUGCAAAGGCAACAGAAGAGUAUGAGUUGGCAAGAAAGAAGAUUGCAACUUUUAUCAAUGCAUCAGAUUCUAGUGAGAUUGUUUUCACACGGAAUGCCACUGAAGCUAUCAAUCUGGUGGCUUACUCGUGGGGCCUCCAAAAUUUAAAAGCUGAUGAUGAGAUUGUACUUACAAUAGCUGAACAUCACAGUGCUAUUGUUCCUUGGCAAUUUGUAGCCCAAAAGACUGGUGCUGUUCUGAAAUUUGUGAGCUUAAAUCAAGAUGAGGUUCCAGAUAUAGACAUGUUGAAAAAAUUGUUGUCGACGAGAACAAAACUUGUAGUAGUUCAUCAUGUCUCAAAUGUGUUGGCAUCCGUUCUUCCUGUUGAAGACAUUGUGAUUUGGGCGCAUGAUGUUGGAGCCAAAGUAUUAGUCGAUGCUUGUCAGAGUGUUCCUCACAUGGCGGUUGAUGUUCAGAACCUUGAUGCUGAUUUUCUUGUUGCAUCUUCUCAUAAGAUGUGUGGGCCUACAGGCGUCGGAUUCCUAUAUGGAAAGAGCGAUAUCUUGUCUUCCAUGCCUCCAUUCUUAGGUGGUGGUGAGAUGAUCUCUGAUGUAUUUCUAGAUCAUUCCACUUACGCAGAACCACCAUCCAGAUUUGAAGCUGGAACACCAGCAAUCGGAGAAGCAGUAGGAUUAGGAGCAGCAAUUGAUUAUUUGUCAGCAAUCAGUAUGCAAAGGAUACAUGAUUAUGAGGUAGACCUGGCAAACUAUCUAUACGAAAGCCUUCGAUCAGUUCCUAAUGUUCGCAUAUAUGGGCCAGUACCUUCAGAAAAUGUCCGUCGUGCUGCACUUUGUUCAUUCAAUAUUGAGAGCAUUCACCCAACGGACAUUGCUACUUUUCUUGAUCAACAGCAUGGUGUGGCUAUCAGAUCUGGUCACCACUGUGCUCAACCCCUUCAUCGCAGUUUAGGAAUCAGUGCGAGUGCCCGUGUAAGUCUUUACUUGUACAAUACCAAAGAGGAUGUCGACUACUUCAUUCACGCCCUAAAUGAUACUGUCAACUUCUUCAACUCUUUCAAGUAGAGCCAACAAUAUCUCUACCCAAUCUUUUGUACAUUUAUACCAAUCUGUUUGCUUAUAUUAUACUGAACCAGAUAAAGUUUGUAGCAUUAUUAUUUCAAGCCUUACUUGGGAAGGAGCUAAUCUUCUCACCUUCUUUCAAUAAUUUAUCUUUAUUUUAAUUGAAUACCGUAAGAUUAUUGCUUUGAAUCUGCGUCCAAAGUCCAAACAAUGUAUACAAGAGGUUU